CUCGUUGGCAUCCCUGGGCUGGAGAAGGAGUAGUUCUGGACUGCCUUCCCCUUCUGUGUCAUGUAUGCCAUUGCUGUGCUGGGGCACAUCACCCUUCUCCUCAUUAUAAAGGCAGAGCCAAGCCUGCAUGAGCCCAUGUACCUCUUCCUGGCCAUGUUGGCCUUCACUGACCUGGUCCUAUCAACAUCCAUACUACCCAAAAUGCUUGGCAUCUUCUGGCUGGGCUUCGGGGAGACUGGGUUUUUCUCCUGCCUUGCUCAGUUGUUCUUCAUCCAUACCUUCUCAUCGGUGGAAUUGGGCGUGCUCAUGGCCGUGGCCUUGGAUCGCUACAUUGCUAUUUGCCACCCUCUGUGGCACUCCAGCAUCCUCCAGCCAGUGGUGGUGGCCCUUGGGAGUCUGGUGCUGGUGUGUGGGGUCCUCCUGGUAAGUCCCUUCUGCUUCCUCCUCUGCAGGAUGCCCUUCUGCCAGCAUCAUGUUAUCUCCCACUCCUACGGCGAGCACAUGGCCGUGGUGAAGCUGGCAUGUGGAGACACCAGAGCCAAUGUCAUUUAUGGCCUCUUCGUGGCUUUCGUAGUGACAGGAUCUGACAUGAUCCUGAUCUCUGUGUCCUACACCAUGAUCCUGCGGGUGGUAAUGAGGCUGUCAUCCACAGAGGCACAACUUAAAGCCUGCAGCACUUGUGCAUCCCAUGUCUGUGUCAUCCUUGCCUUUUACGUCCCUGCCCUCUUCACGUUCCUCACCCACCAGUUUGGGCAGGGCAUCCCUCCCCAUGUCCAUAUAAUGGUGGCCAAUCUCUACCUGCGUGCCCCUGUGUUAAACCCCAUUGUUUAUGGGGUGAGAACCAAGAAGCUCUGGGACAGGGUGGUCCACCUCUUCCAGUGA